AUGGCCGCUGUGGACCGGGCCACACCACCACACCCACGGAAACCUCAAGAGCAGCACCAUCUUGAGAGCAAUAGAAUGAUAAUAAUGAGUGUAGGAAUUGUUACCGAGCAUAGUGACUAUGAUGACGGGAGUGCCGAAAACAACAGCAGCACGGCCAGCAGUAGCCGCAUUGGCAAAGCCCCCCAAUACAUCAUCCAUGGGAAAAGCAUGGGAGGUUUCGAGAUUGUUGAAAACGGGAAACAUGUGAGUUGUUGUAGUCCGCCGCUCACCAAUAUCAAAGCAAAUGGAGGGAUGGAAACACAAUCGCAAUCGCAAUCGCAACCGCAAGCACAUCAUCAUCCAACAACAAAGACGGACAAGUUAUACAGUCUCUCUGAACAAAUUGAGCAUGUGGAGCGGAACCUAAACAAUUUCGUGGAUGCGUGGCAUGCGAGAAAACGGGCGCAGACGAGGGGAAAGGACCUCAGCGAUGAUCAAGGACGAUGGCGGCACUUUGGGGGUAUCAAGGUGAUAUUGAUCGGACAUUCAGUCGGUGCCUAUAUCGCUAUGGAGAUUCUCAGACGGCAUCGGGAGUGCAUCAAGCAGAAAGGAGCAUCUGCCGAUACAGGGGGGCCCGGCAUUGGUGCUAGUGUGAACAUCGUCGGCGGAAUCCUCCUCUUUCCUACCGUAGUUGAUAUUGCGCAGAGCUCGUCUGGGAGGAAGUUGACUAAACUUCUCUACGUGCCUUACCUGGCGUUCCUUACAAGUCUACUCGUCAAAUUCCUGAUAUUUAUACUGCCCGGAUCCUGGUUACGUAGUAUUGUGGGUAGAGUUUUGGCUUCGACUUCGGAAAACGCAAUUGAUACAACAGUGGCGUUUCUGAAGAGUGCAAGGGGUGUUGAGCAAGCGAUACACAUGUCCGCAGACGAAAUGUGCGACAUAACAUAUGAUAAAUGGAGUGACGAAAUAUGGGGUAUAGUAUCAUCGUCAUCUGUAUCCUCGUCCAUGUCGGCUUCAAGCUCAGAAAAGACGCCACUGAAUCUGGUGCUCUACUUUGCGAAGCAGGAUCACUGGGUAGCUGAUCGGACGAGGGACGAGAUCAUUCGAGUGAGAGGUGGUGUGGGAAGCAGUUCGGGUAGUAAUGGCCCUAGGAUGCAGGUGUGCGAGGACGGAGUGGUGCAUGGAUUCUGUAUCCUGACAUCAUGGCAAAGAAGACCGCCGGAUGGGUAA